GAGGUCUCGGUGAGUCGCCGUAAGCAGACUCGGAGCGGGGGCGGCCGAGUCACCGAGUCGACUCACUGUCAUCGGGCUAACCACACAGUGGCCGCAGGUUCAGGGAGGCUGCGAUCCUCUCCUCUGACCUCUCCCUCACUCCACUCUCCGCCUCUCCCUCUCUCCCCUUCCCUCUCUCCCCCUUCUUUGUCUCCUUGAAUGUUCCCUCCAUUGCGUUGGGCGUGGCAGUUCCGCUGGCGUAAAUGAACAACACCAUUAGAUCAGCUGUAGCGAGCUCGCGGGGACCCUGCGCCCAUCUCAGGGCUGCGUUCUUCCACUCCACCCCCGUCCUCGAACGUAAACGGCGCAACCACUGGGAAUCCAGAUCAAACUACAAUACGAGAAGGUUUCGGAAGAUGCAAUCGAAGCAAUCCUUAUUGCGUAAUGUCAAUGCCUAUGCGGACUUUCUAUUUAAGAGGUGGGAAGAGGAGGCUGAUGAGGAUGACCCGUUCUCCAGCAGAAGCUCAUGGUUUGGAAAUCAUUUUAAUAAGGGUUCACAAAGGCAGAGGAAGGGCAAACGGAGCAAUCAACGCUGGGGUGGAAAAGAUUUCCAGUUCUGUGAGGAAGAGAUUGAUGUUGAGACGAUCUUUAGGUCUGCCUUUGGUGGGACACGGUGCUUUUACUGGUCAUUUGUAGAAGACGAGAAUCCCCAUUCUCAUUGGAGAAGCUGGACAAGGCAGUCCAACGACCAUCGAGGAUACAGGUAUUGGAGAGACUGCAGUGAUGACGAAUACGAGUUCUCCCCUGAGUCUGACAGUUCGGAGUUGCAAUUGGCUUCAGAUAGAGUGGCCCUCGGGCUGAGCACUUCGGGCCCUCUUAAACUCGAAGAUGUCAAGAAUGCAUAUCGAGCUUGUGCCUUAAAAUGGCACCCUGAUCGCCACCAGGGCUCUUCAAAGGCCGUUGCAGAGGAGAAGUUCAAGCUCUGCAGUGCAGCAUACCAGUCUUUAUGCGACAAACUUGCCGUAGAAUGACGUGAUUCAGAUACAUAAUUUCUUAGACAAAGUUUUGGGCCCGGAAACUUUUUUGCCAAUGUGAGGCGCUCGGAAAUGCUAGCUGGAGUAGCAUACUCUGCACAUGGUUGGUUUAUUGCAUCACUGACUCGAGGGAAAACGUGCUCGAGCUGCUUCCAAACUGAGCAAGUAUUCCGCAGAAACUAGCCAAAGAAGAUCUGCAGCAGCUCUCGUAGCUUGUAUUUGGUUUUUGAGGAAUACCAGAAUAAGUCAUCCGUAUGUCCUGGGAGAUUCUGAAUCUUUCAGAACCUGAUAAAAAUAGUUGGUGACUAUAUUUAUACGGAUUAAUUAUCUUGUAGUUUUUUUUUUGCUCACCUAAUUAUGCUUUUCAUGUAUCUGAUUACAUAAUUUAUUUUAAAUAACAUGAAGCACAGUAUAUUACUCCGUUACUUCUA